AAAUAACAUGAACUACUCUCUCCAAAUGAGAUUCUCUGUGCUUUUAGUUGCCUUCUUGACGCUCUGGUUUCUCCUUCUCUUCUACUGGUUUCCACCGGCGAAACCAAAUUCAUUUCAAGAUUCCCAAGGUAACCCCUCUCUCAGUUCAGCACUACCUCAUUGCAAAGACAAUGUUUUUGUGUACGAAUUACCGGAGAAAUUCAACCUCGACCUCCUCCGACAUUGCCAGAAUUUGAACGUGUACACCAACAUGUGUCCACACGUAGCAAACGGCGGACUAGGCCAACCCCUCCCUAAUAUGGGAUCAAACAGUUGGUUCGCCACCCACCAGUACACGGCGGAGAUGAUCUUCCAUGCUCGCAUGGAAAAGCACCAUUGUCGUACACGGGACCCCCAAAAAGCCGACUUGUUCUAUGUCCCAUUCUAUGGCGGCCUCCAUGUUUCAUGGAAGUUCCGGGAGCCUAAUCAUGCGAAACGUGACGCAUUAGCCCUCGAAUUGUCUGACUAUAUUCGUAAACAACCAUGGUGGCAAAGAAGUAAUGGAAUGGACCAUUUCUUGGUAGUUGGAAGGACUGCGUGGGAUUUCAUGAGGAGUGAUGGUGGGGUUGACUAUGGCGCAAACAGGCUUCUACUUUUGCCACCUGUACAAAACAUGUCGGUGCUUAUUGUAGAAAGGAACCCUUGGCAAGGGCUAAACCAGCAUGGUAUUCCCUAUGCAUCCUAUUUCCAUCCAUCUACAAUGGGAGAAAUGUUGAAAUGGCAAGAAAGGAUGCUUCGAAUAGAGCGGCCGUACUUAUUUUCAUUCAUCGGAGCACCACGAACAGGGGUAAAGAAGGCAGAAAUCAGAGAUGAGAUCCUCAAACAAUGUGGUGAAUCGACUCGGUGUUUGCUUGUGAAAUGUGGUCAUGGAGCAAGUAAAUGUCACCAGCCAAAUGAAGUACUAAAGGUGAUGACAAUGUCACAUUUCUGCUUGCAACCUGCAGGGGACAUGUUCACUCGACGUUCUACAUUCGACUCUCUUCUCGCUGGUUGUAUUCCAGUGUUUUUUUCAAAACAUACUGCAUAUUCACAGUAUGCAUGGUAUCUUCCUGCUAAUCCCAAUUCAUACUCGGUAUUCAUAGAUGGAGAGAAAGAUGCUGACAAACGGAUAGAAGAUCAUUUAGUGAAGAUUCCGAUAGACAAAAUAGAGAAGAUGAGGAAGAAAAUUAUACAUUUGAUUCCAUCAUUGACUUACAUGCACCCCAAUUCUACUAGUUAUGGAUUUCAGGAUGCUGUGGACGUUGCCAUUGCCGCAUUGUCAAAGCACGUUGAAUCAAAAUUAAAAUCAUGA